GUUUCAACUUACAAACUCAUCUUUUUUCUUUCUAGUUUGCCGCUGCUUCAAAUUGUUUUUUUGUUUGUUUGUUUUUUACAGGUGUAAGAAAGCGCGCACUUAUACACCAUAAUCUCACGGUUUAUGAAAAUUGAAACAAGUUUGGAGGCGCGUGGUGAGCAGCAGUGGUCACUCUGCUGCGGGUUUAAAGAUGCUGAGCGACAUUAAAAUAGAUGAUCGUCUCCAGACUGAUGGAGGCUCACUGGAUGUAAUGAUCGGCGGUGAAUCUCUCCAGCAGGCCGUGUGUGAGGGCUGCAUGAGGACCAUCUCAGACCGCUUCCUGAUGCGGGUCAACAACGCGUCCUGGCACGAGGAGUGCCUGCAGUGCGCCACUUGCCACCAGCCGCUCACCACCAGCUGCUACUGCAGAGACACCAGACUCUACUGCAAGGCUGACUACCUGCGGUUGUUUGCCACCAAAUGCAGCCGCUGUCUAGCAAAGAUAGCACCCAAAGAGUUUGUAAUGCAAGCUCAGGAUAAUAUUUACCAUCUCAGCUGCUUCUGCUGCUGUGUCUGUGAGCGCCAGCUGUGCAAAGGAGAUGAGUUUGUUCUGAAAGAAGGUCAACUGCUUUGCAAGAGUGACUAUGAGAGGGAGAGGGACCUGCUCAGCACAGUCAGUCCAGACAACUCAGACUCAGAUAAGAGUGAGGAAGAGGAUUUAAAUGUGAAGUCAGAGGUGUGCCAUGCAGCAGGGAAAGGCAGCAAUACCAGCAAAGACCCUCACCGACUGAAACGGCCACGCACCAUCCUCACCACCCAGCAGAGGAGAGUCUUCAAGGCAUCCUUUGAGGUGUCCUCCAAACCCUGCAGAAAGGUGAGAGAGACCCUGGCUGCAGAGACAGGACUCAGUGUACGUGUGGUCCAGGUCUGGUUCCAGAACCAGAGAGCAAAGAUGAAGAAGUUAGCCCACAGGCAACAGCAGGAGCGACACAACAGCCAAAGACUAGGCCAAGGCACUGGCUCCAUCUUACAUGAGAUCGACAGUGAGACCUCUCUGACAAGUCUAAGUGACUGCUUCAUGGCCACUUCAGAUCUAGGCUCCAUGCAAGCUCAGACGGGGAAUCUCAUUGAUCGCCUGUUCUCCAUGCAGAGCUCCUAUCUUGCCUCUUGAAUCAUCAUCAUCAAUGUUGGUAACACCCAAACCACUACACCACAUCCCAAGUCAUGAACAGUGUGCAUGCAACCAUGUAGACACAAGGCACACAAGCUACAGAAUUGUCCUGCAUGAAUGAGUAAGCAGG